UUAUCUUUUUCUUUUAGGUUGACAAUUGCAUUUUUCGCACUCUCUGGUCUGGAUAUGUUGGAUUCCUUAGAUGUGGUGAACAAAGAUGAUAUAAUAGAAUGGAUUUAUUCCCUUCAGGUCCUUCCCACAGAAGACAGAUCAAACAUGAAUCGCUGUGGAUUCAGAGGUUCUUCAUAUUUAGGGAUGCCAUUCAAUCCCUCCAAGGGUCCAGGUAUAUCUCAUCCCUAUGACAGUGGGCACAUAGCAAUGACUUACACAGGAUUAUCAUGUCUGGUUAUUCUUGGAGAUGAUUUAAGUCGAGUAAAUAAAGAUGCCAUACUGGCAGGACUGAGAGCUCUCCAGCUGGAGGAUGGAAGUUUCUGUGCAGUGCUGGAAGGAAGUGAGAAUGAUAUGAGGUUUGUGUACUGUGCUUCCUGUAUCUGUUACAUGCUCGAUAACUGGUCAGGCAUGGAUAUGAAGAAAGCAAUAGACUACAUUAGAAGAAGUAUGUCUUAUGAUAAUGGCCUGGCACAGGGAGCUGGACUGGAAUCUCAUGGUGGCUCUACAUUUUGUGGUAUUGCAUCACUGUGCUUGAUGGGGAAACUGGAGGAAGUUUUUUCAGAAAAAGAACUGAACAGAAUAAGAAGAUGGUGUAUAAUGAGGCAACAGAAUGGCUACCAUGGACGACCCAACAAACCUGUAGACACUUGCUAUUCCUUUUGGGUGGGAGCGACAUUGAAGCUCUUGAACAUAUUCCAAUAUACAAAUUUUGAGAAAAACCGAAAUUACAUCCUGUCAACUCAAGAUCGCCUUGUUGGUGGAUUUGCCAAGUGGCCAGACAGCCAUCCAGAUGCUUUACAUGCCUACUUUGGGAUCUGUGGUUUGUCAUUAAUUGGAGAAUCUGGUAUUUGCAAAGUUCAUCCUGCCCUGAAUGUAAGCACAAGAGCAUCAGAGCGUCUUCACCAACUUCAUCAGAUCUGGAAAACGGACUUUAAACAGCGUUCAGAUGACACACACCUCUCUACAUGACUGAUUUAGACUUGAAUUUAGUUCUGGUAGCAUAAUUGUAGCCCAGGGUUAAAAGCCAUGUAUAACCAAUGUGCUCUUUUAAGUGCUGGAGUCAUACAAUCAGAUCUGUGUUGCUGGCAUCACUUUGAUAGGGAGUUGCCUUCAGCAGGUUAUUCUGCAUUGUGAAAAGGGGAAUAUUUUGAUUAUAUAGAAGUUUGUCACCGCAGACUAUAAAUGGCUUUUCAGAUGGCUUUACUUCUGAGAAAUCCCUUGAGGCGUUUAAACUUCAUUUUCAUUUUAUUUUUUUAAAUUUGUGCAUACUGUGUCAAAAUAUAUAAUGGGGAAAUAUUUUCAAAAUUGUUUACAUAUCAUACAGUAUAGCACAGAACGUUGAAGUUCUUUAUAAUCUUACUGUUUGACAUAUUUUUGGGUAGAGAAUCUCUCAUAUUAAGUCUCAGUUAAAAGUUACCUAUUAUCAUCAACUUUCAGAUUCCAUAAAAUUUGUUUUUCAUAAACAAAUUAAUUAAAUACAAAUAAAAUUAUUUUAUUCAAUAUACUGGACUUUUAAAGUUGUGUGGCCUUACUAAAUGGAUUUCAUAAUUCUUCUGAGUAGGUUUUACACAGAUGCAGUGGAUUGAUAGCCAGACGAAGAGUUUUCAUCUGAAAUAGUUUUCUUUGUGUGAAGUUCAAUAAGAGUGUGGCAUAUUGAUGUGUGUCAAUAAGAGAUAUUCAGCCCAGUCUUUUGGAAGCAUAUCUGUAUGCAAGAGUAGCAUUAGAACCUGCUUCCAAAGACAGACCUUUCCAAUUAGAAUUAGAAUAGAAUAAAGUAGAAUUUCCAAUCCGUUCAAAUUAGAGUAAUGGUGAACAUGCUCAGCUUCUUUAGUGCUUUACUAGUGCCUUAUUUUGUAUGCUUGAAGUGCUGUUCAGAGCUGAAGCAAGUAACUUUGCAGCUGGUGUGUUUGUGGCAGGUCACUUUGUGCAUUCAGUAGACUCCACAAUGUCUUUCUACUUGCCAGUCAUUAACAGCACUUUUUUUUUUUUCUAAAGGUUCCAAAGACAACUGAAGACUUCUUAAAACAGAUUAGGUGCACCAUUUGCCACUGCUGAGCCCAAAGAGACAGGAUGUAGACCAUUUUGGCCAGCAAAAGUAACUUUGGGGAUAAAUAUGAUUCCUGUUUUGCAAUGCAGGGCAAGUGAAAAGGGUAGUGUAGCUGUACCCCUAGCACACAUGUUAGAGAAGUCCAAUAGGUAUCUUUAGGCUACCAGAACAAUCCCAUUGUCCAAACCUGUAGCAGCCUUCCUAGCUAAAUAAAUAAGUUUUAUUUCUAUAGCAGAUUAAUUUAUGUGGCAGCAUUGGGAGCAUAACUAGUGAUAGUGAUCUGCUUGGAAAAGCAGAGGAGCAGAGUAAGGUGUGUGAGCUAGAUACGUCCCAGCAGACACUUUGUUUGGAGGAGAGACUCAAUAGCUGGAAAAUACAGGAAGUCUAGAGGAGUAGAACCAGGAGAGCUGUGAGGCUAGUACUGGAGAGGGAGAAUGAGUUGCUUGAGUGGGACUGUUUGCACAGUAAGAGAAAUGAAAGCUGGGAGAUAUUGAGACUGGAAGCAAAAGCCAAGAAUGUGGAGUAAUAAUGGAGCCAAACUGGUGGAAAGGAUUAGAGCUGCCUAGGGUAAGAUUAGGGUGCAAAAGAAAAGUGAUAACUCAAGGAACAUGAAGGAGUUAGGGGGGGAAGAUAGAGCUUGGGAAUUGGUUUUAUUGCCCACAUGCUGAGAUGAUUAGAAAUCCAGCCACAAGAAAAAAGAAUUAGCAAGAUACCUAAAGGAGAGGAUCUCCCAGGCAGUGGGCUCACCACAGCAGUUCCUGUGGGAAUCCCAUUUUCCUGGUUAGUCUUAACGGGAUGUUGGUCAGCAAAGGCUGAAGUAGCUUCCCUGAACAGAAUUCUCUUAUGUCAUGGGGGUCUACCUAGAUAAAAACUCAUUUGAAACCAAGCAACAAAAAUCUUGAAGUAAAAAUUGACCAAAAAGGCAUGGUAUAUUCUUGUCUUCACAUCAGAUGGUGACCACAAGUUGAUUUCAUGGUAGGGUAGGAUGGGUUUCUGGAAUGCAGUAUAGUUACAGUGAAGGUGAGAUGUAAUUGUACCUACCCAUCCCCACCACUGCUUCUCUGCCUUGCUGAUCAACCAUCUUUGAGUUUUUUAGUUUUGAGGUUUUUUGUCAUUUUAGCACCCUGAUAGAGGGAGUAGCUUUGAAUUUCAGAAGUUGAAUAAGGUGUUCUAAGUGUCUUCUGGGAAAUAGCCUAAAUAUUCAUUUGUUCGUAGCUUCAUAAGAAGUGUUGUAUUUGAUUAUUGUGAGGCAAAUCCAUACUUGCAAAAUCCUAAGCUAUGGUUCCUGAGUUGCCCUAUGUGUGACCAGAUUCUCAUCUGUGAGGGACAUCAGUGUCCCUCAGCAGAAAGUAUGGGAGUAACACUGAAAAAUCAUAUUAUGUGAACAAGAAAAAUUCUCAUGGCAAGUAAUUUGACAGUUUUCUGCCUCAAAAAGCAGGUAACAUUUCUUGCUAUGUUUCUUUGUAUCUGUAAGCUACCCUGGGUUCUGCAUAUGGAUUUUACAUUUCUUAUCUCCUUGGCCCCCAGUUAUUCUGCAUCUUUUCAGGCUGCAUGUUGACAGAAGAGCUGGCCUUUCCUAAAGGUUGUACAAGGCAUAUUUGUUUUUGAUAUACUCCCAAAGUUUGAUGAAGGCAGCAAAAUAUCUAUGUUUUCACAUCACAUUGAGUAUCUAAUUACUUUUAAUUUUUUUGGUUAACAAAAAUCUGUACUAAUUACCAACUCUGCAGUCAUAAUUUGCCAUUUUAAAUACGCCAAUUGAUGGCAGGCAAACAGAUUAUGAACAUUGACUGUUCCUGUGUAGCAGACAUUUGGAUUCUGACUGUAUUGAAUUGCCUCUCUGAUUGUUGUGGUUUAUUGUGUCUUCUGACUAUAAAAAUGUUAAAUGAGAAAUCAGUGGACGAAAGUUUCACAGAAGUCCAUAACCUAAAAUCACUUUUAAAGGGGAUACAUCAAAACUUAGCUAAAACUUAAAUGUGAACUGUGAAGUUUAAAUGUAGCUAGAAAAAGCAAACCAUAUGAUUAUUACCUACCUCUAAUAACUUUGUGUUAACCACAGCUUUACAUUGCUGAGACUGAAUCUACAUAAGAAAUUAAUGCAUUAAAUGGCUUUACCAUGUGCUUGAGGAUGUAAAACCUCUUGGCUAUUAGUCUGACAAAUGUGAGUGCCUCUAUCCUAUGUGAAACACUCCCAAACUCUUAAGUGUGGCCCAAGUUUCUCUUCCAAAAAAACUUUAAAGUUUUAAAAGCUUUAAAAUGGUAUGUUGAACAAAAGAAGUCAAAUAUAUCUUUUCUAUAGGAUGUGAGGACUGGGGAUUUAAAAAUUGUCACAUUAGGGCUUUCCGGCCCACUUGAUUGUACAUAGCUGCUGGUGGAUAUGGUAACACCCUUUUGGAAGGCUGCUUCCAAGCAUGUUUGUAUUUAUGAAUUUUCGUGUUGAGAACUGUUUUUUCUAAAUAGAACAAUCAUCAUCACUGAAAAAAACUAGCAAGUAAAUUGGGUAUUGCAGAAAUAGCUGAAAUACAUAUGCUGAAGUACAUAUUAAAAGUAUCUUGUUCUAUGCUCUAUUGCCCAAGGUAAAGGACAACCUGAGAGGAGCUGAAGAAGCUGCAUCAAAUGUGCUUUCUUCAUGAAUGCCAGUAUAAAA